ACGCAAGCACUCCAUGUGGUGUAACUUCAAGUGUCUAUCAAAUUAGACCUAUCCGUUAAAAGUACAGCUAAUAUCACUUAUAUGCAAAAGUUCUUAGUGCCACUAUUUUGUUCGGCGAAUAAGUUACAUGAUAUCAUACAGCCUUCGGUACUGUCCUUUUUUUUUUUGCUUUCCUUAAGAAACCGGUGACUGUCCUUUUCUCUUUGGAAGGGCAGAUUGAAUCUAUGCUUCACCGGAUUUAUCCUAUCUAAAUGAAUGGUCCCGAAGUCGUCAUCGCUUCACUAAGCAACUAACAGAAACGAAAGACCACUAUCAACAAAGGUCUUCUUAUCUUGAUACUUCAAUGACCUCGUAUCUUUUCCGCUAUUAAUGUUAAAAUUUGGGUCGGGUGCGUCAGAGUUAGCAACUUAACAAUUUUGCCGUGUUUCCCAUGUGGAUAGAAUCCGAAAGUUAGAGACGCCGUAGCGAACUCUUCAAAUGCAGGUUUGUUUUUAUUUUCUGCUUCAUAAUGCCCUCGAAAUAAACAAGGUAGAUACGAAUGGUAAAAGGAAAAUAUACGUCCCAUAGGUUUUAAAUCCGUAGCCUACGUGAUAUGCUCUACGAGUGCUUGGCAUUAUCUACACAUGACUGUAACCUUGGGUUGAUCUCUUGUCAUGAGACUAGGACAUUUUAUUUAAUCACAUAUGUCUAGACGAUUUGUGGGGAGACGUUGACGCCAAAAAAAUCCUUUGGGGGCGCGCUGCUCAUACCAUAGAUGAAUAAGGCCUGUCUAACCUUAGAGGCAAUUACUUGACGAAAGAACAAUUUGCAAAAACUAAUUUUUAAGUUAGUCAGCAUUAUUGCUACUAUCGCUACCUGUGUGGUCCGCUCAACUACACAGGAGUCAUAUUUAACUUAGAGCUGACUGAGUUACCACGUUGUACAGCAGUUUACUUCUAGGAGACAUGAACCGGUUACGCAGCGUCCCGAACACGGCGACAUUUAUUCUUUUCACGUGUUGAACCUUUUACCUAUAAACGUUCACUGACCCAAACACAAAGGUAACGGCGAGACUGGCAAUGCUUCCCUAUAUGCGGUUUGCAAGUUUUCUAGCAAACGGGGUUUGAUAUAUCGACGCUUGUCUCGUCUGCGAGUGAACCGCGAGAUCUCGAACGGUCGAUGCGACUGACUAUUCAAUAGUCGCGGCGCGCAGCUCGUUCGCACUAUCAAGGCUACGGAGGGAAUUAAGGCGAGAAGGUGCUUAAAGCGAUUACGACAAAUGUUCUUAAUCCAGGUUAACCAUUAUGGAUUCACACAGUGAUGGCCUAGCGAACAUAGGUCAACGGACCGAUAGCUAUACGUUGUCUUGUGCUAUAAAUGGCGUUGCAUUGCCCGCCUAGGUAAGCCAACUACUAAAGUUGACUGGCCGAUUUGUCAUGAUAAUCAUAGUGUAUAGAAUGGACUGUUACUAAUGCACACAGGUUGCCAUUAGCUUAUAGAUUAACGGAGCCGUCUAUGGUAAAUCACACCGACUUUCGAGUGUAGUGUUCGCUAGCUAUACGCGUGCGUGAGACAACGCAAUUUAGAAAAAGGAGGAGAUCCGUCUGUUUGUCUGUUAGUUAAACCUGUUAGUUUUCAGCCAGGCAGGCAGGCAGGCAGGCGAGCAGCUUUCUGUCGGCUAGUGUUCAGCACUAGGCACUAUUCUCAUAGGAUUUGGUUCCACAACCACCAACAUAGUAUUCGGUGCUUUCGAACAGCGCCUCUCAUAGUAAACAACAUAGUGGCUUUCGCUUCAGCCAAAGUAUAUAUCGUGACUUCACUGUUUUUUUUUUUCGCCCCAUACUAUAUUAUAACAGGCCACUGACGUCGAUAUCGUCCUUGUAAAUUGCACAGCGUCACCUUGUCGACUGACAGCUUAGAGCUGACAGAACUGACGGAAGGGGAUAGGUAGACGGCUCCGCCGACAUAUUUCGGAAAGUGGAACUCGAAAAGAGGAAGCUGUUGUGUGUGUGUGUGUGUGUGUGUGUGUGUGCGGUUCUGUGGUUCCACCGUUCCUCGAUAUUGUUUGCGGUGACGUUUCGUUGCCGCUUGUUGACACCGUAGCCUCUGACUACUAAUGGCCGUCAUCUGCCAGACGUGUUACCAUAACGUCGAUUUAUAGUCACUGUGGAAAGCAGUCAGAGGGGCAACAUUUAGACAAAUUAAUGUAGAGCUGUAAAAAGAGAUAGCGCUUUUCUGAGACACUUAAAUAUCUUCAAUUCUAUUCGUUAUUCGUAUGUGCCCAUCUUCAUCAUUGUCAGCUCUCCUUCGACUGGUCGAGAAGAGUAUUGCCGUUGUAGCCUGACCCCUCUACGUUGUCACGUCUCAAAUACGAGGGAGGAGAUCCCUUGCCGGAUAAACUCACAUUGAGAGCAGCGUCGUCUCCCACAGUCUACAAUAUCGAAUCCCAAAUGCUUUAGACGGCUCCCGUUUCAUUCGAUGAUGGUGGUUGUGGCAAGGCGUCUAGAAAGAUGAAACCUUUCAAAACUAAGAACAAAAGAGAAUCACGUUUUCUGCUGUUUUUCCCUCGAAAAUAGGAGAGAUUCGUAUUGUAUCGCAAUGCAAGAUUUCCAGCAGCCAUUAGUGUAUCCGGUAACUUCCUUGCAGCGACAGUAUAAAGUGGGCGCCGUCGCUGGGCAUAGGGCAUAAUUGUUGUCUCUACUCUUUAUCGAAACGGCCCGCUGCACCACGCAGAGCAAAGCCUGGUGCUCUGUCAAAACAAAAUACCCUUGCUGUUCGGAUAGAACUAAUUAACCAAUUUAUAAAUGAUUGUUUAUAUCGUGUAUGUUGAAAUACGUGACUAGUACAGGUGGGCUAAUUUUCCUAAUACGUGAAGUGUCUCCGUUUGUACAUACGCAGCGUGUGAAUCCGUCAACAUGGUGCAGCUGCACAGAAAAAUGAUUGAGCUAUCAACUACAUGAGUCUGUAGUGACGAGUCAUGACAAGUGAUAUUGUUUGUGGAUAGCUGAUGACAUUCUACAAGGAUCGUUUCUUCAGCUAGCGGUCACUAGAAAAUUUUUAAUUUUCUUAAAUAAUUAAACCAAACGAACUAAAUUGAUUCGCGUACGUAUCGGGACGCAAGAUGAAUUGCAAGAUCAUAGAUCGCUGCACCAGUGCCGCAGAGUUGCAAACAUCGACACGGCGCGCUCGUGCCCAGCACCAUCAUACAAAAUGUCGGGAGCGCCGACUCAGAAUGCGAUCAGAGACCACUGGUCUCUCAAUGGCGAGGGAGUGCCAACGCUUCGCAAAAAAUUCUCGUCAGCUGAGGCGACUGUACAAAGACACCAAAAUCGCCAUUGAGGAGGUCAUCAAAGGCGGAUACUUCAGCAAAGAACAAGUAAAUCACCUCCGUCCCUCAGAAGAACAGGAAUCAACGAUAGCUCGAGCGGUGGCGGGCCGAGUAGCCAUUGUGGUGCUAGGACGCAGUUGUACAGCUAAGGCAGCUGUUAUCAAUGAACUUUUCGGCAGUCCAGUUCUUCCCGGUGGUGUAGCUCACGGACCCGAAGAACUAUGGAGAAUGGUGCGCUUCACCUACGGCCAACAAACAGAAAUUAGCUUAACGGUACCAGAUUCUGCCUAUGACCUCAUGGAAGACCUUGCAGCGUAUGAUCAAACAUGGCAGACUAUCCCCAGGGCUGAUCUGACCAUCGACGGAUGUGAUGAUCGAACAAAACGGACAGCUAUUCUUGAGGUGAAAAUGAAAAACCCUCUACUUCGCGAGGACGUCACCCUUGUAGCGUCUCCAUCCGAAGAUUCGAUCACUCAGGCACUGUCGCGAGCAACGAACGGGCAAUCCACGCCAACAAUUGUUAUUUACGCUGUUCAAGACGAGUCCCUUUCCUCGAAGGAAGAGCAAGAGCUACGCGAACUCAAAUUGACGCUAGGCAGUGCCGAUCAUGUGCUUUUCGUCAAGUCAUCGACUGGCCACUCGGCUUGCAUGUGCGAUCUCACUGAGUCUGAACAGCAUGCUCGACGACAGCAUUCAGCGCAUACGUUGUCUGAGCUAUUUCGACAGUUACAGGCCCUUGGCUUCGUCCUUGACCGGGUUAACUCCGAAGGGCCGUGUUCGAUGCUCGUGGACUCCGUGGACGCAAUACGCCAGAGCUGCGCCAACCAGCAUCAACAAACGAGUACUGGACGUAAAGGCCGCAAUCAAACCAACAACAAUAACACUAGCAGUGUCGUCCUAUUCAUGAGGCGGGUUCUACAAUGGCUCAUUGUUGAUGGAGCCAACGCGUUAAAUGAAAUACAGUCAACUGUUCUUAAUAUGUUCAUGUUGAGCGUAUUUGAAUUUAUUCGAGACCGAAGCAUUACCCCGAUAAGGAUAGAGUACGCUCGUGAUAAAGAGGCCGAACUAUUCAAAAAAUUGCUUGAAGUUGCCCUCAAUAAACAAGAAGAAAUUCGUUUACUGAUAGCGACUACAAUCGAAGAUCUCCGUGACGAGAUUCUGAACAAGUGCGCUACCUUCGAAUUUUCAAUGGUACCCAGAGACGAGCUUGACGGAGCGACGACGACCACGCGACAGAAGUGCGCGGCACAAAUUCAGGACCUCGUGUUGAGCAUCCUAAGUUCGGCAGUUGCGGAUAAAUUGGUCGGGUCAGUGACACUGCUUAAGGAGAGCUUUGUCGGUACUCUCGAAAGGUGCCUAGCAACCUUAGAGGGGACAAAUUUCCAAGGCGGAAGCCAACUUAACGAAGACACAACCCACUCCCUACAGGCGAGUCAUGCAUUGCGUCAGAUACUCAACGCUGCCUAUCAGUUAGAAAUGACAGUACGGACGUCGAGUUCUAUCUUGUGGGUGUUUCUUGAGAAAAUGCGCCAGUUCAUCCAGGUUUUUCCGGGUCGAGGUUCACCUUGCAUUGACGCUGAAUGGAAGCGACGUGUUGCAGCCGGUCUGCUCGAAUCACUCUCUGAGUCACGAUUGGCUAGAUGUAUCUGCGCUCAGUUCCGCGACAAGCUGAGGAAUAGCCAUGAAAGAUUCGUGGCUGCUAUGACAAAGUUAAAGGCUGACCAUGAUGGACGCAUUGAUAUGAUUAAAAAUGACAAGGACAAAAUUCGCAAGGUACUGGCACCACGUAUAGCCAGAUAUUCCCUCGAAGCGGUGUCUCUCCGUGACUCAAUUCUCUACGGAAUGCCGUGGCUUGGCCGUGAACUCGGUCGGGGCCAAUAUGGAGUGGUAUUCUCGUGCGAUACGUGGGGCAUAAAGGGACCGGCUGCUGUUAAAAGUGUUGUCCCUCCAGACGAUAAACAUUGGAACGAUCUCGCCAUGGAGUUUUUCUACACACGCUCCCUGCCGCCUCACGAAAGACUGGUUCCGCUGCGCGGCUCUGUAAUUGACUACAAUUACGCGCCGAACACUCCCGCUGUACUACUCGUCAUGGACAGGCUUACUCAAGAUCUCCAUACGGCACUUCACAAUGAGCUACCGUUCUUAACCCGAAUGCAGAUCGCUCAAGACGUCGUACAGGGCAUUCGAUUCCUGCAUUCCCAGGGACUCAUGCAUCGUGACAUUAAAUUAAAAAAUGUCCUCUUGGACAAUAAAAAUCGAGCUAAAAUUACUGAUCUCGGCUUCUGCAAGCCUAACGCCAUGAUCUCGGGUUCGAUUGUGGGUACACCUAUUCACAUGGCUCCUGAGUUAUUCUCGCAGAAGUACGAUAAACGCGUAGACACGUACGCGUUCGGCAUACUCUUCUGGUAUUUGUGCUCCGGGAGCACACUGUUGCCAGCCAUUUUUGCCGACUGUCCCAAUAAAGACUCCCUAUGGAACAAUGUGCGCAAAGGCGCCCGACCCGAAAGACUACCGGUGUUUUCGGACGCAUGCUGGGAGCUUAUGUCACAGUGUUGGCAUCGGGAACCCGAUCAGCGGCCUCAUUUGGGCGAUGUUGAGGAACGCAUCUUAGCAAUUAUGGCCGCACACGAAAAGGACGAUGAGCGAUUGCACGACUCAAUGGAAACUGUAUGGAGUGCGGAGGACGCAGUCGACUCGGCAAUGUCGCACCACAAUAACUACAAUGGACAUGCAACUCACGUGAUGAAUAACACUCCUUUAGUGAAGACCUCCUCGGGUCGACGAAAGCAAUGGCGACCGCAGAGCCCGACAACGCCGAUUCCAGCAAACGUUCCGGUCACGGCCGACGACGCGAACCCCCCAGCGAAGUGGACACCGCUCGUGCACUAGGAAAAUGAACGUGACAGCUUAGGAUAGAAACGUUACAGAUAACAAAGUUUAGCUCGAAAUCUGCUUGACUUUAGCAGAGGAUCUAUCAUUAUUUUCUUAACAUUGCCUUUAGAUCUUUCUAUCAACCUAUAUGUGAUAUGAUUUACAUGUUUUUCUCAUUCUUGAAAAGACAACACCGUUUGAAUUAUUAUAUAAUGACUAUACAAAGAGCCAAAGCGAUCCUGUGAGAAUAGGGUAUAAUUUGUAUGAGUGUACACUUUCCAGCAGCAAUAGCUAUUGUUUGAUGAUAUCUGACUAACUUCCCCUACCUGUUAUAGCAUGUAUAGGUGUUACUUGGGCUAAGGCUUCAGUGAAGUGUAUUGCCUAUAUGUGUUCGGCCUCCAAGUAGGUGCGAGCACUGAUUGUCAUCGUAAGGUCGAUUUGUCAUUUGACUUCUUCUUUUUUUUCACAUCUGUUUAAAGUACCUGCGUGUUUAAGUCUUAGUACGCAUGUAUAGAGACCCGUGUCAGUAUGAUUGCGUUGGUACGGAUUGGCACUCAGUUGCCGAAUGAGCGGAAUUACUUCAUUUACUACACCUGUGCUCUGCAUCCGCAUAUCUACAUUGGUACCACUACCAAGCCUCAUAAGAACGCGAGCACUAACUCGAAUACUGAGAAUGAGAAGCUUAAAAUACGCAUUUAAUCAGUGUACUAUUAGAGACCCGGUGGCCACAAGCAUUACGGGUUUACUCCUGUCGUCCUUGAUAAAUGAGCAGAUUGGCGAAGUAGAUUAUUUAACGGCACUAGUCCCAGCGCAGAUUAGCGUCAGACGGUUCUGCUUUGAUGUCCUUUUCAGUAAAGAAGAAGAAACAUUUUUUACAUCGGUACGCCGCGUUUUGAAAAGAUAAGUCAGCGCAUGCGCAGUGCAUAAGGGUGUCCAUGUAGUCUGUGUGACAGGCGGUGCAGACGGGCGUGCUAAAAGGAGUUAUUACGUUAUUUAGAUGUACAACAAACCAUGUACAAUGGAAAUUAUUUUAAGGUCAUCGGUGCAAACGCGUUGGCUGGCGAGAGUUCUAACCUAUUAAAUUUGAAUUGGCAAUCGAUCUAGAUUGCGUAUCGACUCACGCCAAAGGGCUUGGAAAUGGCUGUGCACUGGCACCAACAUCACAGCGGUAAAAUAUUAUCGCUAGAAAUAAUAAUCUUUAUUAUAAUAGCUGAUUAAUUAUACGAUUAAAAUAAUCGAAAUAAUGUAAGACAAAUUAUCACUUACGACCAAAGGUAUUUGCAGACUGUCGAGCACAAACACUUUUACCUCAUGGAGCUUUAUCGGACAUUUCCGCUUAUCAAGCUGCAAGUAUUCUAGUUUGGUUGGGUAAUUAAUUUUAAUAAACAUUAGAAAACUUGGCGUUGUUACUGUAAACAUGUUAAGUAUUUACAGUAUCAUGAUUUAACUUGCCACAUGUUUGAUUUUAAAGAGAAAAAAAAACACCGUUAUUAGGAUAAGAAUGGCCGCUGUACGAUGACGUGUGGCUCGGAUGAGCUGACCGUUAUGAUGACGAAGUAUGAAAGAAGGAGAAGUUGAAUUUGAGCUAUUUUACUGACGUUUUUCUGUGUCAACGCGCUGAUUUACGCAUUGUAUAAAAAUGGUGCAACACUCUCAACAGCGUGAUGAACGAGUCACUGAAAUCGAGCGAAUGCCAAUGAAAUGUAAGUGAAGUCGUGUGUGUAUAAUGAAUUUCUUGUAACACAUAUAUAUAUAUAUAUGUCGGAAUCUGUCGAUGAAUAUUUUUUACACUCAUUUAAGGCCACGGCAGUAGUCGAAGUGACAGCUAUAUAUAAUUAAAUAAUAGAGAGUAGAUUUUUGAUUUUCCGUCAAAUUCAAACGAAAGUUGUGCAAAACGAUUCAUAACGAUAAACUAAACUGUGGGAAAAUAUGGCGCGACUCAAUGGACGUAAGACAGCUAGUAAGUAUAUACGGCACCCAAUCGUUAAUCAACUGACAGAGAUCUGUUCCCUGUUCAUAUUUAUAACGAAUGAAUAAAAACAAAUUAUUUAUUAACUGUCA